AUGGAUGUCUGUUACACUCCUCUGAUCAAGGUGUGGAGAACAGGGCUUCCCGUCCGCUCAGCCGUACUUAAGCCACACGCCGGCCGGUUAGUAGUUGGGUGGGUGACCACCAGCGAAUCCCGGCUGUUGAAGCGCAAGUAUCUGGGUGCUGGAGCUAGCAAGUGA